AUGUCGACGGAAUCAGAACGUGUUCCCUCGAGCUCCGACGCUGUUGACGGCUCUAAUGCGUCGGGGAUUGAGGUUGGUAACGAUCUGAUGUCUGAAACCCUAGCUGACCCAUUGAGCGGUCAAGCUCAGGAGCUGGUAGCAAAGCACGAUGGAGACGAUCAAGAAAGCUGCAUCACUGUUGAACCAGGAAGCGGAAGCUUAGCUUCAGCUGGUGAUCUUGGGAUGGAGAAAAUUAAUGGAGUUACUGAUUUGGAGAAGCAAACGGAAUCUGUAAAUGGAGGUUUAGAUCUAGGCAUUGGAACCCAAAACGCAGAUUUGAAGACUAAAGAAAGUGAGAAGGAGGUCCCAGUAGAUAGCGAAGAUGUAUUGAUGGUAAAGGGUGAAAAAGAUUCGGAUGGGAUCCAAACGGAAGUGGAACCUGACAUUGAAGGUUCUCAUGGAGCUACUCUCGGUGAUGUGAAGAGUUCUGAUGUCAGACUUGAUAGUGAAGACCUUGGCGAGGAUAGCAAACCCGAUGGCUCAGGACAGCAAGGAACAAAAGUUGACAACUUGGAUGUUGAAUGUUCUACGGGUUUAGAGCCACGUGAGAGUACUUUGGAUAAUGAUAAUGCCCAGGUAAGUGUGAAGAAGAAGCUCUCUGAGUCAGAUUUGGUUUGGGCUAAAGUGAGGAGCCAUCCGUGGUGGCCUGGACAAGUGUUUGAUGCCUCUGCUGCGACAGACAAAGCGAACAAGCACUUCAAAAGAGGAAGUUUCUUAGUAACAUAUUUCGGGGAUUGCUCGUAUGCUUGGAAUGAUGCAUCACGAAUAAAGCCUUUUCACAAGCAUUUCUCCCAAAUGGCAAAGCAGAGUACUCUACCAAGUUUUCUUGAUGCCGUUGAUUUUGCUUUAGAAGAGGUGUCAAGAAGGAUAGAGUUUGGUUUAGCUUGUUCUUGUAUCUCAGAGGAAGUCUAUCAGGAGAUCAAGACCCAGAACAUUAUCAAUCCUGGAAUCCUAGAAGAAUCGAGCAGAAUACACGGUGGAGACAAGGUCUCGAGUGCAAUCUUCUUUAAACCUACAAAACUUGUCGGCUAUAUGAAGCGUUUAGCAUGCUCUCCUAACUAUGAUGCUACUGAUGAGCUGCAGUUUGUAAGUCACAGAGCUCAGUUAUUGGCCUUUAAUCGCUGGAAAGGCUAUACUGACCUCCCCGAGUUUGAGACACUUCAGGGGUCAGUAGAGUCUGCACCCAAGAUUUCUCCUGCAGAAGAUGUGACAGCUUCUGUUUCCGAACCGAAAAAGACUAAACAAGUUUAUACUAAAAGGAGAAAGACAAAAGACCAAGAUGACUCUAAACACGAUGGAGUAUUUGAGUAUGAGGAUACUACUGUUCCAAAGAAGAAGGAGAAAACUUUGGCAGAGUUCAUUGCUGAGAAACGCUUGAGCAGAAGUAAUGGGAAGAGAUCACAUGAAAAUUCGGAUACCAAGCUGGAUAGCGAAAAGAAACGCAAGGCUGUGAACUCAAAACUUCCCAAGUCAGCGAAAAAGAUCAAGGCGAACUUGAAGACAGAAGAUUCAGGAUCUCCAGUUUCUCCCAAGAAUGAUCGAAAGUAUAAUUUGUCUGCAGGUGAUAAGAUUACACCAAAGAAAGCUAGAACGAGUUUUGGUAUUGGGGCAAGCAUAUUGAGAGUAGCAAACCAGAUGCAUUCUUCAACACCUACCGCACUCAUACCUUGCAGUGAUUCGACCUCCAAAAGGACAGCCAAGAAGAAUGGACGCGGAAAAAGUCUCCAGGAUAGACCUAAAGCUGAAGCAUUAUCUGAAAGAGAGGUGUAUCCUUCUCCUAAUGGUACACAUUCAAGCCCUCAAUCUGCUUCUGCUACUAAAACCCCAAAUGGGAAACCCAAUCCCAUCAGCAUAGACCACCUACAAUCCGGAGAACUUGAACAGGUCAUAAAGGAAACACCUAGUACAACUAAUCUUGUGGAAGACUCGAUAAUGGAGUCCAGGGACUUGAAAGACUCUCCUAAAGAACAAAUGGUGAAUGAGGAUAGGAACGAAGCUGCAAAUGAUGCGGGUGAGAAUACUAUGGAGGACAGCAAUCUAACUGAGGGAAAGACCAGUGGCUCGGACUUGAAAGAGCAGCCUGGCAACAAGAACUGCUCUGAUGGAUCUGUUUGCAAGGAAGAUUCUUCUGCAGAGUAG